CAUUCACCAAAAGUAGGAGGAGGAGGAAAAGAAGAAGAAGACGAAGAAGGAAGCGUCGCUAACAGUUUAGUUCUACACGGAAACGUCAGUUUCUGAAGCAGUAAUAUUCUAGUAAUGUAGUAAUAUUUUGAUCUGGGUGUCUGGUACUUGCCCUGUCUGCCGAUACAACAUUAGUUAAAUAGCGAAACAGUAAGGAUAUUUAUGUUUCUAUAAUGGCACCGAGCUGCCUCGGCUAAGGUUAUUUAGCCCAGCUAAACAACGGCUGCGAGUUGUUUUCGCUCGACUAGCUAGUUUUGUAGUAGCUUUUCUACGUAGCGUAAAAAGAGCUGUCACUUUUCAGUAAAUGGCCUGCACUUUCGAAAAAGUGCUGGCCGAUACUCGGACCCUUCUCGAGAGGCUAAAAGAGCACGACACAGCCGCCGAGGGACUGAUAGAGCAGUCCGAGGCCCUAAAUCAGAGAGUGCAGGGCAUGAGAGAGGUGGGAAAUGCUCUGCCAGACAAGCACACAGAUGACAGUUCAGAGAUACAGGAGCUCACGAAAUACAAACCUCAUGUCCUUCUGACUCAGGAAAACACUCAAAUCAAGGAACUGCAGCGGGAGAAUAAAGGUAAAAAAAAAAAAGAACUAUGGGUGUCGCUCGAAGAACACCAGUACGCGCUCGAGUUGAUCAUGUGUCGGUAUCGCAAGCAUGUGCUCCAGCUGAUGAUGGCAAAGAAGGAGCUGGACACCAAACCUGUGCUCAGCCUCCAUGAGGACCAUGCCAAAGAAGUGCAGAGCCAAGUGGAACGGAUAUGCGAGAUGGGCCAGGUGAUGAGAAGAGCAGUGCAGGUGGAUGAUAAGCACUAUUGCUGUGUUCGAGAGAGGCUUGCUCAGCUAGAGAUUGAGAACAAGGAGCUGCGCGAUCUCCUGGAAAUCAGCAAGAGCUCUGUGAAGACAACUAGCCAGUCACUAGCAGCAGAAGAAGGAGAAGAAUCUCCUCUGCCAGGGUCCACCGAGUGA